AUGCCUUCUUCAACAGACACUGCUAUGAGGAGUCUUGACUUUGCCCUAUUCACCUGGGAACCACCUCGAAUGGUAACGCAGGACAUAACUCGCCUUUUGUUCCUACAGUUGCCAGCAGCCUCACCAAACUUCGUGCAUCGGCCCUAUUCGAGCCCUUCUCGCUCGGCAGAACUGGCUGCCUUUCGAUCACUCCAUCUGCCGCCUCUUGGUUCGGCCACGUCUAACUCCGCCAAGGAGGCCACUUUGGACAGCUCGGCACUGAAAGACGCGCAGGAGUCGGAGAAGACGGCAGACUGGUUAAUGGAGCUGCCCGUCGAUGAGGGGAAAAGGGAUGCUGAUACCCGCUUUCUGACCCGGGGCUCUGAGCUUUCCGAAAUCAUGCCAUUGGUCCUUUUUGAGACAAAAGAGUUUCCAAGUUUCGGCAUAGUCCUGGUAAGAAUAAUAGUGAUCACAUGUUUGAGGCAGGUCUGA